GAGGGGCGACGGGCAGCCAUGGCGGAGUCGGCGCCUGCUCGGCACAGGAGGAAACGCCGCGCCACCCCCCUGACUUCUUCCACGCUGCCCUCACAAGCAACAGAGAAAAGUCCCUAUUUCCAGACCACAGAGAUCUCCCUCUGGACCGUGGUGGCCGCUGUUCAGGCCGUGGAAAAGAAGAUGGAGGCCCAGGCCGCCCGUCUGCAGAGCCUGGAGGGGCGGACGGGCACGGCCGAGAAGAAGCUGGCCGACUGCGAGAAGAUGGCCGUGGAGUUCGGGAACCAGCUGGAGGGCAAGUGGGCCGUGCUGGGGACGCUGCUGCAGGAGUACGGGCUGCUGCAGCGCCGGCUGGAGAACAUGGAGAACCUGUUAAGGAAUGGAAACUUCUGGGUCCUGCGGCUGCCGCCCGGCAGCAAAGAAGAGGCCCCCAAGGUGUCCAGGUCACUGGAAGACGAUGGAGUCUGUUUUUCAGAGCGGGAGUGGGAGAAUCUGGAGGACUGGCAGAAGGAGCUGUACAGAAAUGUGAUGGAAAGCAACUACGAGACGCUGGUGUCUCUGAAGGUCCUCGGCCAGCCAGAAGGAGAAGCGGAGUUGGGUACAGAAAUGCUGGGUGAUUUGGAAGAGGAAGGUACUGGUGAUAUCCACCCAGAAGGGGUUAUGAUCAAACAGGAGCUGCAGUACGUGCAGGAAGGCUCCGCGGAUCUUCCUGGAGAGUACUCGGGCGCUGCUGAGGAGCAGGCUUUCCUGAGCCCUGAGCAGGCCGAGCUGUGGGACGGGCAGGGCAGCUCCGUCCUCCUGGAAUCAGAUCCCAGGGACACGAAUCCAGAGGAGCCUGCUGAGGGCAGUAGAGACUCUCACAGUGGUGGAACUAUGGGCAGCGCCCCCAAGCAGACAACUGCUCGGCAGGUCCAACUGGGUCGGGAACGUGGGCCAGGCCUGAAACUGAAAAGGGACACUUCCGGCCCCUAUGAAUGCUCGCAGUGUGAGAUCAGCUUCCGCUCCAAGCAGCUGCUGGCCACACAUCUGCGGACCCACUCGGGGUGGGAGUCUUACCCCGCCUCUGAGUCUGAGGAGAGCCUGAGACCCCGGCCACGGCUUAAGCCUCAGUCCAAGAAAGCAAAGCUGCAUCAGUGCGACGUGUGCCUGCGGAGCUUCAGCUGCAGGCUGAGCCUGGUCACCCACCAGCGCUGCCACCUGCAGGAGGGACCGAGCGCUGGCCACCGGGUCCAGGAGCGCUUCUCGCCCAACAGCCUGGUCGCCCUGCCUGGCCACAUCCCUUGGAGGAAAAGCCGGAGCUCCCUCAUCUGUGGCUACUGUGGCAAGAGCUUCAGCCACCCGUCCGACCUGGUGCGGCACCAGCGCAUCCACACGGGCGAGCGGCCCUACAGCUGCCCCGAGUGCGAGAAGAGCUUUGUGCAGAAGCAGCACCUGCUGCAGCACCAGAAGAUCCACCAGCGGGAGCGGGGUGGGGCGGCCCCCGGGCCCGGAAGGCCCAAUGGCUUGCUUUAAGGGUGCCAGCCCCUUGCCCGUUGGGGGGGCGGAGGGGGCUGGCUUUGGUCCCCCUAAAGAAACCCAGGGCAGAGUCAAGGGCUGACUUCUUCCUGAGGGGAGUCACUUUGCUCUGCCUUUUCUCCACCCAGCAGCACCAGGCUUAGCCCGGAGGCAGGCCUGAAGCCACGGGAGCACACGUCCAGGGCCAGGCCUGCCCCAGCCGUCUUUUCCCUGCUGUCUCUUUGCACCUUCAGCUCUCGGGCAUCCCGUCUUGCUGAGCCCCAUGGGCUGGGUGGCUCUCUGAUCCGCAGGGGCGGGGGGCAGGUUCCAGGCCCUCUUGCAGCAUUGCAGGUCUUCUUGGGGGGCAGAGUUGGGCCAAAGGAGUGGGCAGAGUUCUGGGAGGCAUAUUCCUCCAUUUCUUCUUUUGUAGUCUCUUUGUUAAUAACAAGUAGAAGAAAUAAUGUAAGUGAACUGCUUACCUGCUCUGAGGAACUUUUUUGGAGUUAGAUUUUAGUUGAUUAAAAAAAUACACAGUCUGACACUUGUUUUCUAAGCUUCCAGAGUUGCAGAAGUUGUUCCUAACAUGAGGACUGGGCUCCCCUCUAGGAGGGGUCACUUAUGGGGCUCUUUUAGCCCACCACACUGAUAGGCCAGAGGACAGGGACAGAGUGCAGGCUACCUCUCCUGGGGGUCCUUGGUGCUCAGGUGGGGCUAACCGAAUCCAAAGGCGGGAGAGGGGGAGGGGAGCAGGAGAGACCCCAGGGCCCCUGCUGCGGAAGACGCUGUAAAGGAGCUGAGAGAGGCACUGCCUCAGGGAGCCGGGUUUCUCCCCACAGCCCUCCUUCGGGUGGGCCUCAGCGCUCCCAUGGAAGCGGGUUCACGGUGUGCCCGUGGCUGUUUGAGCUUGUUCCUCACAUAGGUUGUCUCCUUGAUGGUUGAGAUGACUUGUUCUCCACCUUGGUGGAGGUGGUGGGAUUGAGGUGGUGGGGAUUGAGGUGGUGGGGACAGAGUGGACCGCUGCUGUCCCAGGAGUGUUGAAGGCCUGUCCCCACUGUUUUUGGGGAGCCACGAGUGGGCUCCUGGGCAUUUGGGAGUGCCCCUGUGGUGAUUUGCCGUUGCCUAGAAUAAAACGCUACUAGCAAAAAAAAAUAAUAAUGCUCCUGUCAGUGAUUUUUCUCUGAAUGCCCUUCUGGGGCCCACAUCGGGGAGUGGGCACAACCUGGGCCUUGCCUCGCCAGGCCUGACGGGACAGGGUGUGUGUGCGGACACCAGGGACACAGCUAUGGCGAGGGCUACAAACCCUGUGAGGUCAGCUGGGGAAGGUGGGAGGUCAAGGUAGCAGGUAAAUAGGGCAGGCACAUGGGGAGUCCUGGGGAGCAGGAUCAUGGCUCGGACACGUGCAGCCAUGGUGGCGGGUCUGCAGCGCUGCGUGGAGAGUCGGGAGGGAAUGUCGUCUAUGAGCACGCCACUCACGGGAGUGAGAAAUGCACGUACACAAAACGUAAGAAUGCACAGAAAAGCAUAGGUUUCACACGUAGACAUUACAGUUGUCCACCGAGGGAGGGAGUGGGAUGUGAGGGUAAAAAGGAACAAAUUAAAUAAAUAAAUAAAAAUAAGCUUGGUUGCUGUGAAGCAUGGACUGUCAUGUUCUAGAAGCAACGUGGAGGGGAGUUGGCCCGCGGCAGCACCACAGGAGGUGCUCAGCUGCCAUGUUUGGUGUGGCUUUUCGGUGUCCUCCUUGGCCUCCUCCCAGCCCCAGGCUUUUGCGCUUUGCACAUAGUGGGUAUUCGGAAUGGGGAGCCCAGUGUUUGCAUUUGGGAAGGCUUUGUGGGGUUUGUUGCACUGUCUCCUACUAAGACUUCCCCUCCUGAGGCCUUUAUAAUUAAGCGAGGGUUUGCUUC